AUGAGUAGUAGAAAUUCUCAUCAACGCAAAUUGAAUUUUAAUGUUGGUGAAAAUUAUGAUAUUAUAGAUGUGGUAGGCGAAGGAGCUUAUGGAGUUGUUUGUUCUGCCACUCAUAAACCCUCCGGUCAGAAAGUUGCAAUCAAAAAAAUAACUCCCUUUGAUCACUCUAUGUUUUGUUUGCGAACAUUGAGAGAAAUUAAAUUAUUGCGAUAUUUUAAUCACGAAAAUGUUAUAGCCAUUCUGGAUAUUGUUAAACCGGAGAGCUUGGACAAGUUCACUGAAGUUUAUCUUAUUCAAGAACUUAUGGAAACUGAUAUGCAUCGUGUCAUUCGUACUCAAGAUUUGAGUGACGACCAUUGUCAAUAUUUUAUUUAUCAAACUUUACGGGCUCUUAAAGCUAUGCAUUCUGCAAAUGUCCUACACCGAGAUCUCAAGCCAAGCAAUUUGUUACUUAAUGCGAAUUGUGAUUUGAAGGUUUGUGAUUUUGGUCUCGCCAGAAGUGCAAAUUCGAAUGAUGAACAUAGUGGUUUUAUGACUGAAUACGUUGCUACUCGGUGGUAUCGAGCUCCUGAAAUUAUGUUAACAUUUAAAGAAUACACCAAAGCAAUUGAUGUAUGGUCUGUUGGUUGUAUUUUGGCUGAAAUGUUAAGUGAUCAUCAUCAAUUAACAUUAAUUCUCGAAGUUCUUGGGACACCAACAAUGGAAGAUUUCUAUGGCAUUAAAAGUCGAAGGGCUCGAGAUUAUAUUCGCAGCCUUCCGUUUAAGAAACGAGUUCCCUUCUCUCUUAUGUUUCCCAAGGCAAAUCCACUUGCCCUAGAUAUGUUGGAAAAAUUAUUGGCUUUUAAUCCAUCCAAGAGGAUCACCGUAGAAGAAGCAUUGAAACAUCCUUACCUGGAACCUGUGAGUAAUUUUUUUUUAUUCCCGUAUUAA